GUACCAUACCUAGAGCUAUUGCUUGCGACUAUACUUCCUACACGUGGCCUCGGGGGAUGGACAACAACUUGGUAACGGCGGCCAUCACCGCGCAAGAGCCGCCCUUGCCGCCCUCGUCGACGCUUGGAAGCAUCGCCAGCCAGUGGCGUGAGCUCCAUGGCGCCAGGUCGUGGCACGGGCUGCUGGACCCCAUCGACGACGACCUCCGUGCCUUCGUCAUCGCCUACGGCGAGCACGCGGCCGCCGCCUACGACGGGUUCAACGCCGAGAGGCGGUCACCGCGCGUCGGCUCCUGCCUGUACAGCCGCGCCAAUCUGCUCGCCGCCUGCGGCGUGUCCUGCCCGGCGCACUACACGGUCACCAAGUUCCUGUACGCGCCCGCCGGGCUGUGGCUGCCGAAGAGCACGUCGGCGUCCCCGGCGACACAAGCAGCGACCGAGCCGUUCUUCGUGCGGCCGCUGCGGGAGGGGCCGCUGUGGAGGGAGGCCAACUGGAUGGGGUAUGUGGCGGUGGCGACGGAUGAGGGGGCGGCGGCGCUGGGGAGGCGCGACAUUGUUGUGGCGUGGCGCGGCACCGUGAUGAAACUGGAGUAUUUAAGCGACGGCGACUGGCUGCACGCGCCCGCCACGAAGGUGCUCGGCCACUCCAUGGCGACCGCCUACAAGGACGCUAGGGUGCACCACGGAUUUCUGUCCGUGUACACGUCCGCGGACAAACAAUCCAAGCACAAUAACACCAGCGUCCAAGAUCAGGUCCGCGAGGAGGUGCGGAGACUAUUGCAGGUGCACAAGGAUGAGGAGGUCAGCAUCACCGUGACUGGUCACAGCCUAGGCGCGUCGCUUGCAACCCUCAACGCCGUCGACAUGGUGGCUCAUGGCAUCAAUGUGCCUCCUGCCUACUCCAAGCAGUCGUCGUGCCCUGUGACGGCGAUCCUAUUCGCGAGCCCACGCGUUGGGAAUGGCGGAUUCAAGGCUGCAAUCGCUUCAUUCCCCGAUCUUCGUGCCCUAAGUGUGAGGAACGAAUUUGACCCUGUGCCCUCGUUGCCAAUGAUUGGGUACGAGGAGGGCACGGCGACGGAGGUGUUGUGUAUCAACACGACCAAGUCACAAUGCCUACGCAAGUUCUCUGUUGACUUGUUCAGGUUUUGGAAGGACCACCACAACCUCGAGGUCUACCUGCACGGCGUUGCCGGGUAUCAAGGUGCUAGCAAGGAGUUCCGCCUGGUGGUCAAUCGUGAUGUAGUGCUUCUGAACAAGUGGGCCGACUUGCUGAAGGAUGAGCACUUGGCGCCAGCGAACUGGUGGGUCGCUCAAAACAAGUGCAUGGUCAGGGGUGUAGAUGGCCACUGGAAAUUCGAUGACUACGAGGAUGACCAAUUAAGUGGUUAGGUUUCACUCGACUAUGAAUAAGUUUUCUUAGAGGAUAACCACGGCCUCUACAUCGACCGAUGCAUGCAGCAAAUAUAAAUAAUAUAUUAUAGCAAAUGCCUAGCAUUGUUGCCAAAAAGAUCUGCUUAUACAACAAGAAAAAGGAAAACCUGAGGUCAUACAUAUUUGACCAGCUUCACGAUUGUAUCUCGAAAACUGUACCACCAACCCUAUGAUUGUUAUCAUAAUCCGCUGGUCGAGCAACAUGUGGCCUCGAAAACGGCACGAGACUCCGUGAAAACAUCUAAAGAAGGAAUCGUCCUCCGCACGCUAAUGUAGGCUGUUCUGAUCAAAGGAAAACAUGGCGAAGUCAUCCUGAAGCAGAACUUCAAGCCAACAUCCUCA